AUGCCGUUGUUCAAAUCUGGUGCACGAUCCUACGGUAGUGGAACCUACGUCGAUCCAGCUCCGCUACCGAUCCCGUCUGACGCUCAGCGUAUUCUCGGACUGCUUGCCCAAGCUAGGCCUGGCUUCAUCAAGACACCUUCGCUUCUUUCAUCGGUGGUAUUCAGCGGUCGUCAUGACCCAAUCGUCCCAGGUCCUCUUAAAGUCGGCGCUAUUGCUGCCGCGCUACAUGGAAUGUGCGGGAUCGUGGCGAACGAAAUAUUGGACUUGAGGGACUUACAAAGUUCCCCUCAUCAGCCACUUCAAGAGAGAACAGUGAAGAUAGACACCAACCACGCCGCAUUCUGGCUUGGGACCGUGGGAAUGACAGAAGUCAAUGGUCACUCUGUCGCAGAGCUCGGCAAGAAGGGUCAUUUGAAGCAGAUGUUCAAGAAGGAUCUAGAAGGCGACACAUUCGCCACGCCUAUGAGAUUGAGGACCACAGCGAUAUACGAAACAAAUGAACCUGGGAAAUGGUUCCAAUUGCAUGGCAGCCUGGAUGCUGAUCCAGUCCUUGCGGGUCUCGGCUUGGACGGUGACUUCUCGCACGUCACUGACCCUUUGGUAGCCUACGGCGAGAUUGCAAAGAAGGUCUCCAGGUGUGGAAGAGAAGAGCUGGAGACAAUGUUCUGGCAGAAAGGCCUUUGCGGCACCUCCUGCUACUCCCCUGAAGAGUUUCGAGCUACACCUAUGAGCAAAAGCCUGGACAAAUGGCCCCUUAUCAACUACGAGCCGUUGAGCAAUCGUCAACUCACCCCUGCCCUUCAAUUCCCUCUCGUCACUGGAGAUGCAAGACCUUUGGCUGGCAUCAAGGUGGUUGAGCUUGUGAGGAUCAUCGCAGGACCAGUCAUUGGCUGCACAUUGGCUUCCAUGGGCGCACAGUCACUCCGACUCACCCUCAACGCAGGAGUUCAGACCGUCGACAUGGAUCUCACCAAAGCGGACGACAUCGCAGAGCUCAAAACCCUAAUCCAAGACGCGGACGUCUUCAUCCAAGGCUACCGGACUGGAUCUCUCGCACGCAAAGGCUUCGGUAUCGAGGACCUUCUCUCCAUCGCCGAAGCCCGCCGCAAAGGCAUCAUUUACGUUGACGAAAACUGCUACGGCCCAGACGGACCUAUGCACGAACGCCCUGGCUGGCAGCAGAUUGCCGACUCAGUCUCCGGCUGCUCUUACGUUACAGGCAGAGCUCUCGGCCACGAAGAUGGGACAUGUGUACUGCCUGCCUUGCCAGUUCCGGACAUACUCACUGGCCUAGUCGGGGCGAUUGGCACGAUGAUGGCGCUUCGUGACCGGGCUCGAAACGGGGGAUCUUAUCACGUCUUCGCCUCCCUUCUGGCGGCUGCAGCCCUGCCCCUGAGCCCAGAGGUGGGACUCUACCCACCUGAGGUUGUCGCCAAAUGUCAUUCGGAGUUUCAGUGGGAGAGAACAGGCCCAGAGAUGUUCGUGCUGGAGCUUUUGGACGUUGUUCUUCGUCGGUGGAAAAGCGCUUUACCUGAAAAGUUCGAGGAGGGAUCAGAUUGGUUCGCGCAGUUGAAGGGGGAGUUGGGCGAUUUUCGAGUGCUGAAGCCGGUUGUACAGUUGGGGAAGAUGGAGGAGUCUCCAGGGUGGACUUCCGCGCCUUUUCCGAAUUGUUAUUAUGAGAGUGGAGAGUUUAAAUGGACCUGA